AUGUUUGGUAAAUUUUUCAGACAGUCUCUAUCUAAGGGCAAAAACUUGAAGACUCUGACCAGAGUCUCCGCCAUGAACUUCAGAUCCACUCCAGCUGCCAGCCAGAAGCUUGGCAUUGGAGAUGCAGCUGAUAUUUUGGAGCAGAAGAUUUCAGGAAUUUCACAAGUGAACGAUAUUAAGGAAUUCGGUAAAGUAAUUUCCUUCGGAGAUGGUAUUGCCAGAGUCUUUGGACUUACUAAGGUUCAAGCAGGAGAAAUGGUUGAAUUCUCCUCAGGAGUCAAAGGAAUGGCCCUCAAUCUUGAGACUGACAAUGUCGGUAUUGUCGUCUUGGGCAAUAAUGACAGAGAUAUUUAUGAAGGUGACUCUGUUAAGAGGACUGGAGAAGUCACCAAUAUCCCUAUCGGAGAAGGCAUGCUGGGUAGAGUCAUUAACACUUUGGGUGAGGCAAUUGAUGGAGGUGAUCCAAUUCACACAACUGAAAUUAAGUCUGUCGAAGCUAAAGCUCCAGGAAUUAUUGUGAGAAAAUCUGUGCAUGAGCCAAUGCAGACCGGACUCAAGUCAGUCGAUUCAUUGGUCCCAAUUGGGAGAGGACAGAGAGAGUUGAUUAUUGGGGAUAGACAGACUGGAAAAACUGCUGUAGCAAUUGAUACUAUCUUGAACCAAAAAUCUGGAUUUGCGGAGGGUAUAGACCCAAACCAGAGACUCUACUGCAUCUAUGUUGCUAUUGGUCAAAAGAGAUCGACUGUUGCCAAUAUUGUAAAAGUUCUCAAAGACAAUGAUGCCAUGAAAUAUUCCAUUGUAUUGGCUGCUACUGCAUCUGAGGCUGCUCCACUCCAAUUCUUGGCACCAUACUCAGGAUGUGCUCUUGGAGAAUACUUCAGAGACACUGGAAGACAUUGUUUGAUCAUCUAUGACGAUCUCUCAAAGCAAGCUGUAGCCCAUAGACAGAUCUCAUUGUUGUUGAGAAGACCACCAGGCAGAGAGGCCUACCCAGGAGAUGUCUUCUACUUGCACUCUCGUCUUUUGGAAAGAGCAGCUAAGCUUCAUGAAGGUCAUGGUGGUGGCUCAUUGACUGCUUUGCCAAUCAUUGAGACCCAAGCUGGUGAUGUAUCUGCCUAUAUUCCAACAAACGUUAUCUCCAUUACUGACGGACAGAUCUACUUGGAAUCCGAAUUGUUCUUCAAGGGUAUCAGACCAGCCAUUAAUGUCGGUCUCUCAGUAUCCAGAGUAGGAUCUGCCGCUCAGAUUAAGGCAAUGAAGCAAGUUGCUGGAUCCCUCAAGUUGGAAUUGGCUCAGUACAGAGAGGUUGCUGCCUUCGCUCAGUUUGGAUCAGACCUUGAUGCUACUACCCAGAAUUUGUUGAACAGAGGUGAGAAACUUACUGAAUUACUCAAGCAAAAGCAAUAUGUUCCAAUGAAAGCCCAAGAACAAGUAUGUUUACUCUAUGCUGGAGUUAGAGGAUUCUUGGAUAAACUCGAGACAUCUGAAAUUGCUAAGUUCGAGACUCUUUUCCUUGAGAACUUGAAUGCUAAGCACACAAAUGUUUUGGACUCUAUUGCUAAACAUAAGGAAUUGCUGCCAGAGGUUGAUGAAGAAUUGAAGCAAAUUUUGACUGACUUCAUUCCAUCAGCUGGACUUAAGAUGAAGCAAUAA